GGCCGUUAACAGUGACUGUUCCGGGGAGCGUUCAGCAUUACAACCUAAGUGGUUUACAAGUAAAUCACGAGGGUGACAGUCUGUUGGGGACGACAUGUUAUAUACGUCAUGGCUAACCACAGACUCAGGACAACUGGUGAGGUUGGUGUGUUCUUUAUCUACGACCAUGAUGUGUUGAAGCGAGAGGAAGAUGACAUGAAGGAUGCAAUCCUUUAUUUCUAUCCACCUUAUAUUUCUAUUGAUGACCAGUGCUCAGUGUGUGGUCAGCUGAUGGGUGUUUCUGAAUUCCUACGGUCAGCAAUCAGCAAAUCUGCUCCCUCGAUUUUCAAACUACAUCAGGAAAAGUACUGUCUGAAACGCGUGAGGAACUACACAUUUGCAUUAGAAGGUCUUCCCACAGACAGUAACGAGCUGCUCAGGAGACAGCUGACUCACCUCUACCAGGGGUUUAUCUUCAUCUAUGGUGACAUUGAUAAUGUCAGACAGCAAUACAAGACUCAUGUUGGAUUUCUGACUGAAAUGAAGGUGUUAUGGGAAAUGCUGUUUCCCUCUGCUAGCUGCCUCAGCGUCAACCACAUAGAAAGAGUGUUCCAGGUUCUUCCUUCUGUCGAGGUAAACAGCGACCUAUUCCUUCAAGCUUCAAACAUCCUUCAAUCCAGCCAGCGAAGGCAAGGAGUCACACUGGGUGCUGUUCUGUACAAACAGAGGGUUUUAUGUACACAGAUGUCACCGGAGCUGACAAGAAAACUCAUCCUCAUCCGUCCCGAGUUACCAUGUGCAGAAAUGAAAACAGAUUUCCCACUUCCUUUAGGAGUCCGACUCGUCACAGUUUAUUUGACGGACGAGGAAUAUUCAGCUAUCAAACCACAGCACAGACAGAGUUCACCGGGACAGUACCGGCACAGCGAAAACUCAAAGUUUGUCUGGGGUAAAGACACUCCAGGACCUAGCCAGAAAUCAGAGUCCCCAAGACGCUUUACAAAAGAUGACUCCAUGGUACGACGACCAAGCUCAAGGAAUGACAGGAACUAUAGCGGAAGGAAUUCAAAUAUGGAAAUCAUUCCAGAAAUCAUCCCCGAAAUCCAAUCUUCUGUUCUGUCUGACAUUACGUAUGUGGAAUGUAAAAAGAAAGUGGAAACAACAUAUUCUGAGAAUUCUGGUGAAACGAAAACAUUAGAGAAAACAAUUAAAUCUGUGGACAGGACAGAAAAUGGAAGUGUGAAGGGUGAUUCAGGGUCAACACGACGCAAAGUUAUUGUGACAGUUUCAGGGGAGGAUAGUGAAACUAUUAGUGACUUAGAAGAUAAUGAAGAGGAAACUCUGAUGAAGGUUCCUCAAGCUCAAGACAAUAAUUCUGUAAAAAAUGAUUCUAAAAGGUUGACUGCUGAUGUCAUUGUCCACUAUUGUCAAGAAAAGCUUGAUGUAAAACCGUUAGAAAUCAGCAGUGAAAAACUGCCAAAAAUAGUCACAGAUCACGAAAGUACUGCACUUGUUGCCACGGAAACUGACAGACAUUUGCACAGCACAAACAUUUCAUCAGUACAAGAAAACGAAAUCAGAAAUGAACCAGGAAAGAAUGAAAAUGACGCUUUGAGAGAGAACAGACAUGAACUUAUGUCCUCUGUGGAGCAAUCAAAGGGGCAUAACUCAGCCGGAGCUGUGAGAAAACAGUCCAUCGGGGUUUUUUCUGAGUCUGAGGAAACAGGCACAGAAAGUGUGUAUGGGACUUCAGUUAUGAGUGGCGACGAAUCGUGUGUAAGUUUUCUGUCUUCUCCGGAACACGAGGAAAACAAGGAGACCAUGGUUUUCAGGGGAAGUAAUUAUGAGACGACUGGUGGGGAAGAAUCUAGUGUUGAGGGUGGGGUAAGUGUUGAGAGGAACCUGAAUAAAGUGUCUGGUCAUGUGACUAUAGACACACCUGACACUUCCAUAGAAACUGUGCAUAAUUCUGGAUCUUUUGAAAGUCAGACGACUGUUGAGACAUAUGAAGAUUCAGAGUUAAGUUGGUUACCAGAAGAACAUGGCCUGCAUGAAAUGACGCUUUAUAUUCAAAGUCACUCUGAUGUUUGUCUAAUGUUACUGAUGGAAGAGGAAUCCUCUACCAAUAAAAACGUUUUGAGUGCUCUGUAUAAGAGUUCACUGACCAGUAUGGCUGAGAUGGAUUACUAUGUGAAGGAAUGUGUGGCACAGUCUGCUAACGAGGGUUUCAUGGAUAGCUACAAUUUCCUGAGAUAUGAUUCCUUCUUCCAGACAGUAAAAGGUAAUGCCCUCGAGCCUUUGACCGGAGAAGAUGAGGAAUUUCAUCGUCUGUCUGGACAAAUGCACAGUGAUUUUGAGGAAAACCCUGGGAUGGCCAACAUCAUAUUCAGGUCUCAUGGAGGAAGUUGCUAUGGAAACAAGACCAUCAACAACGAAACCUAUUUCUGUAUGACCAACCAGACUGACUCAAGGAGUGAGUCGGGGCCACUGAGUAAAGACCCAGUGUUUUCACUCGACCUACUCGCCCGACAGAAACUCUCCAAGUCUUACAAAAUAACUCUGCUGUAAUAUAGUAUAUCUUUAUUGACACUACUGACAUUACUGUGAUGUGGUAUAUCUAUAUUGACACUGACAUUACUGUGAUGUGGUAUAUCUAUAUUGACACUGACAUUACUGUGAUGUGGUAUAUC